AUGGAUAAUUAAAAGAAAAAUAAAUAAAUAAAUAAUAAAGACUUGUAAAUUGCAAAAAUUAAUAUAAAAGAUGAAUAAAAUAAUUAAAAUUAAAAAAAAGCUAUUGAACAUUAGAACUAAAUCCAUAUUGAAAUUCCUAAAUGUAAAAUUUCAUUAAUUUAUAGAAAAUAAUUAAUAAGUUAAAACACAAUAGAAUAAUACGAAAGAACAAGAAUAAAGCAUAAAUAAAUAUAAUUAAGAGGUUAAAUAGUAGAAUAAAAUUGAUAUUGAAAUUCCUAAAUGUAAAAUUCCAUUAAUUUAUAGAAAAUAAUUAAUAAGUUAAAACACAAUAGAAUAAUACGAAAGAACAGGAAUAAAGCAUAAAUAAAUAUAAUUAAGAGGUUAAAUAGUAGAAUAAAAUUGAUAUUGAAAUUCCUAAAUGUAAAAUUCCAUUAAUUUAUAGAAAAUAAUUAAUAAGUUAAAACACAAUAGAAUAAUACGAAAGAACAGGAAUAAAGCAUAAAUAAAUAUAAUUAAGAGGUUAAAUAGUAGAAUAAAAUUGAUAUUGAAAUUCCUAAAUGUAAAAUUCCAUUAAUUUAUAGAAAAUAAUUAAUAAGUUAAAACACAAUAGAAUAAUACGAAAGAACAGGAAUAAAGCAUAAAUAAAUAUAAUUAAGAGGUUAAAUAGUAGAAUAAAAUUGAUAUUGAAAUUCCUAAAUGUAAAAUUCCAUUAAUUUAUAGAAAAUAAUUAAUAAGUUAAAACACAAUAGAAUAAUACGAAAGAACAGGAAUAAAGCAUAAAUAAAUAUAAUUAAGAGGUUAAAUAGUAGAAUAAAAUUGAUAUUGAAAUUCCUAAAUGUAAAAUUCCAUUAAUUUAUAGAAAAUAAUUAAUAAGUUAAAACACAAUAGAAUAAUACGAAAGAACAGGAAUAAAGCAUAAAUAAAUAUAAUUAAGAGGUUAAAUAGUAGAAUAAAAUUGAUAUUGAAAUUCCUAAAUGUAAAAUUCCAUUAAUUUAUAGAAAAUAAUUAAUAAGUUAAAACACAAUAGAAUAAUACGAAAGAACAGGAAUAAAGCAUAAAUAAAUAUAAUUAAGAGGUUAAAUAGUAGAAUAAAAUUGAUAUUGAAAUUCCUAAAUGUAAAAUUCCAUUAAUUAAUAGAAAAUAAUUAAUAAGUUAAAACACAAUAGAAUAAUACUAAAGAGCAGGAUUAAAGCACAAAUAAAUAAAAUUAAGAAGUGAAAUAAUAGAAUAAAAUUGAUAUUGAAAUUCCUAAAUGUAAAAUUCCAUUAAUUUAUAGAAAAUAAUUAAUAAGUUAAAACACAAUAGAAUAAUACGAAAGAACAAGAAUAAAGCAUAAAUAAAUAUAUUUAAGAGGUUAAAUAGUAGAAUAAAAUUGAUAUUGAAAUUCCUAAAUGUAAAAUUCCGUAAUUUUAUAGAAAAUAAUUAACCAAUUAAACCACAAUAAAAUAAUACUAAAGAACAGGAAUAAGCACAAAAUAAUAGAGAUAAGAAGUUAAAUAGUAAAACUAACUCCAUAUUGAAAUACCUAUGUGUAAAAUAGUAUUAUAACAUAGAGUAAAUUUAAUCAGUUUUAGACUAAGACCAUACAACAAAUAAAUUUAUCAAAUCAGCAUUUUUUUAUUAAAUCGAAAAAUAAGAACAAUUUAAUUAAAUAUAAACAAACUAAGAAUUUAUUUAAAGAUCAUUAAAUACAUAUGUAUACCCAUAAAAUAUAUAAUAUUAAUAGCCUACAUAAGCUAAAAUUUUACAUACGCCUGAAGAUAUAAAAUUACCUUAACUCCAACCUUAACAAUAAGAUAAAUAAUAAUAACCAUAGUAAUCCCUUAAAAAAUAUUAAGCAUUACCAGCAAUAUAUCCUAAUCCAACUUAUUUAAAAAUAUCUUAAAAUUGCAUCUUGAUCUAUAAUAAAGUAUUUCAGAAAUAAGUAGGCAGCUUAAAUUAAAAUAAGGACCCUUGCAAACACUUAAAGUGCCAAACUCUAGCAUAUUUAGAUGCAAGCGGGAAUGUGAUUUGUCAGUCUAAGUGUUAAUGGUUUCAUAUUACUGAAGCUAUGUUUGAUAACUCAAAUUAUGUAUUUUAGCGAGGUGAAUGCAAUGGACAAUUUAAUUAAUUAAGAAGCACAAUUUUGAUGGCGAAGUUCGUGAAUGAUUCUUUAGAAAUGGCUAAUAUGAAUGACUAACAAAAAGAGUAGUUUGCCUUAUAAUUUUAACAAGUAUUUGUUAGAUUAUUCCAAUUUAAUGAUAAUAAAGCUUGA